UGCGUUAUUUGGACUAUGAAGUACGCUAUGUUCGGAACUUUACUGACAUCGAUGACAAGGAAACCUGAGUUGCACUUCUGGAAUUCUGUAGAUAAUUGCAAGAGCUAACCAAUUGGGGGAAGAUCCUUUUAGCUUAAGCAAAAGAUACUCUGAUGAUUUCCUGUCGGACAUGGCUCAUCUUCAAUGUCUACCACCAUCUGUUGAGCCCCGUGUUUCAGAUCACAUUGAUCAGAUUGUAACCAUGAUAAAACAGAUCAUCGAUAAUGGUUGUGCAUAUGUAGUAAGUGGGGAUGUCUAUUUCUCUGUUGACAAUUUUCCUGAAUAUGGGAAGUUAUCGGGUCGAAAACUAGAUGACAAUAGAGCUGGUGAAAGGGUUGCAGUUGACGAGAGAAAGAAAAACCCAGCUGAUUUUGCUCUAUGGAAGGCUGCAAAAGAUGGGGAGCCAUGGUGGGAUAGCCCUUGGGGCCCAGGCAGACCAGGAUGGCACAUCGAGUGCAGUGCCAUGAGUGCACAAUACUUGGGCAAUUCUUUUGACAUUCAUGGUGGCGGGGAGGACCUAAUAUUUCCACAUCAUGAGAAUGAAAUCGCUCAAAGCCGUGCAGCAUGUUGUGACAGCAGCAUAAAUUACUGGGUGCACAAUGGUUUUGUCAAUGUAAAUGGCCAGAAAAUGUCUAAAUCGCUUGGUAACUUUAUCACUAUACGCAAGGUCAUAGAGCUGUACCACCCGCUUGCGUUGAGGAUGUUUUUACUUGGUACCCACUACAGGUCCCCAAUCAACUACACAGUAGAGCAGCUUAAUGUUGCAUCAGAUAGAUUGUACUACACUUAUCAGACAUUACGGGACUCUGAAGAAAGCACCCAGCAGGACCAAAGCAGUAGCGGAGAUUCACUACCUUUUACUACCACACACUGCAUUGAGAAACUUCAUGAGGAUUUCGAGACCUCAAUGUCCGAUGACCUUCACACUUCGGUGGCGCUGGCUGCUGUUUCCGAGCCGUUGAAAGUCAUGAAUGAUUUGCUGCAUACUCGUAAGGGAAAGAAGCAGGAGAAACGGCUGGAAUCGCUGGCGGCCUUGGAAGAGAAAGUGAGAAUGGUGCUUUCUGUCCUAGGGCUGAUGCCUUCGAGCUACCAUGAGGCUCUGCAGCAGCUGAGGGGGAAGGCGCUGCGGAGGGCGUGCGUCACCGAGGAGCAGGUGCUGCAGAAGAUUGAGGAGCGGACCGCCGCGAGGAAGGCGAAGCAGUUCGGUCGGUCGGACGAGAUCCGGGACGAGCUGGCAGCCCUCGGCAUCGCCCUCAUGGACGGCCCCGACGGCACCGCCUGGAGGCCCUCCGUGCCGUCCUCGGAGCAGCCGGUGGCUGGCAAGAGCAGUACAUGAACCUCCGGUGCGGCACGCUUGGGUCUUUGGACGGUUUUGAGACACCGCCAAUUUAUGUUAGGGAAUCGUUUCCCAUCCGCGCGCCGGCCGAACCGACGCCCCGGUCGCCCCCUCGUGCGCGUAGACCCAUGCAACAUUUUUCCCAUCCGCCUGCUUCGCUGGUCAGUGGAUGCAACAUUUUUGUCUAAAUAUGUUGCAACAAGCGUCAUAUUUGCUGCAAAUGUUUUUUAUUAUUUUUUAUCCCAGUAAAAAAACUGCGUAUACGUUUGGUUGCAA